AACGUCAGUCACGUGGUAUAACGGACUCGCUGUCUGAUACACCGAGAAGAUCUUAAAAGUUUAAGCGUUUGCAGCGGCGCACUCGAAAACUAUCACAUUACAAUGUCCGAUGUGGAAUCUGAUGAGUUUGACGAGAGUACCACCCUUGGGGAAUAUGAAGGUGAUAGAAAUGAAGCAGGGGAGCGACACGGAGUGGGUAAAGCUGUGCUGCCCAAUGGAGACAUUUAUCAGGGACACUACAAAAAUGGAAAGAGACACGGGCAGGGGACAUAUCAGUUCAGGAAUAGUGCAAGAUAUGUGGGAUGUUAUAACCAGAACAAGAAACAUGGUCAGGGUACCUUCUACUAUCCAGAUGGAUCCAAAUAUGAAGGCUUAUGGGUUGAUGACCUGAGACAGGGUCAUGGCAUCUACACUUACCCCAAUGGAGACACAUACAGUGGAGAGUGGCUGAAGCACAUGAGGUACAACUGCAGCUUUACUGUAUAUUCUCUAUUGACUGUCUCAACAUGGCUUAGGCCGUAG